CUUAAUGCUCAGUCGACCUCAUCGAUCCCCAAGACUCGGCGAUCAAGCCUUUUGGUUGGCUUGCCAACCACUGACUUUCGUGACCGCCGCCAACAACAACAACAACAGCACUCCAAAAAUCCCGCAUGUGCUCAGACUAUUAACACUGCCUCCGAUCAAACAUCCACCCCUCGGAACCAUGACUUUUCGGUGAAUGAUGGCCUUGCACUUCGCCCUACUGGCUCACAACCUAGCCAAGGUUUUUUACAAGCUUGCAUCUUCAAAGUUGGGGAUGAUGUUAGACAGGAUAUUCUUGCUCUGCAGGUUAUUCAACUAUUCAAGAAUAUUUUUCAAAGAUGUGGGCUAGACGCAUUUCUAUUUCCAUAUCGCGUCGUUGCGACGUCACCUGGCCAUAUUUUCUUUACGUAA